GGACUUCUUUACCCGAUGAGCCCCGCGCGCCGAACCGAGGGAAGCCGGCUCGGGCUCGAACAAAUCAAAUCAAAGGAAAGAAACUGCCGGCUUUCAAAAUCCUCCUCCUCCGCCAUCAUCCGCCGCCCUGCCGAGAGCAGGUGGUGUAGGAGACGCGAGUGACGAGGGACCCCGGGAGCGCGGACAGACAGACAGACAGGCGGGCUGGGCACCGGGACCGCUGAACCCAGGGAAGCGACGCGGCCGGACCUGACCUGACCCCAGAUCGGCGUCCGUCCCGCCCGGCUGACGCGCGCGCUCGGAUCGCCCCACGCGGCGCCGCCUGUUCACGUUUGCAGAUCUCCAGGGGAGCCCACCGUUGUGGCCAGCAUGGCCUCCGAAGACAUCACCAAGCUGGCAGAGACCUUGGCCAAAACCCAGGUGGCCGGGGGACAGCUGAGCUUCAAGGGCAAGAGCCUCAAGCUGAACACCGCGGAAGAUGCUAAGGACGUGAUUAAAGAGAUUGAAGACUUUGACAGCUUGGAGGCGCUGCGCUUAGAGGGCAACACGGUGGGCGUGGAAGCGGCCCGGGUCAUCGCCAAGGCCUUAGAGAAGAAGUCAGAGUUGAAGCGAUGCCACUGGAGCGACAUGUUCACAGGGCGCCUGCGGUCUGAGAUCCCCCCGGCACUGAUCUCACUAGGGGAGGGACUCAUCACCGCUGGGGCCCAGCUGGUGGAGCUGGACCUGAGUGACAACGCAUUUGGUCCCGAUGGUGUCCGCGGCUUCGAGGCUCUGCUCAAGAGCCCAGCGUGCUUCACCCUGCACGAGCUCAAGCUCAACAACUGUGGCAUGGGCAUCGGUGGUGGCAAGAUCCUGGCAGCAGCUCUGACCGAGUGUCACCGCAAGUCCAGUGCCCAAGGCAAGCCGCUGGCCCUGAAGGUCUUUGUGGCCGGCAGGAACCGGCUGGAGAACGACGGAGCCACUGCCUUGGCAGAAGCUUUUGGGAUCAUCGGGACACUGAGGGAGGUGCACAUGCCGCAGAACGGGAUCAACCACCCUGGUGUCAUGGCCCUGGCCCAGGCCUUUGCCAUCAACCCCCUGCUGCAGGUCAUCAACCUCAACGACAACACCUUCACUGAGAAGGGCGCGGUGGCCAUGGCUGAGACCCUGAAGACCUUGCGGCAGGUGGAAGUGAUCAACUUCGGGGACUGCCUGGUGCGCUCCAAGGGGGCCGUGGCCAUCGCGGACGCUGUGCGCGGGGGUCUGCCCAAGCUCAAGGAGCUAAACCUGUCCUUCUGUGAAAUCAAGCGAGAUGCUGCCCUGGCCGUGGCAGAAGCCGUGGCUGACAAGGCCGAGCUGGAGAAGCUGGACCUCAACGGCAACGCCCUGGGAGAGGAGGGCUGUGAGCAGCUCCAGGAGGUGCUGGACGGCUUCAACAUGGCCAGGGUGCUGGCGUCCCUCAGUGACGACGAGGGUGAGGAUGAGGAUGAGGAGGAAGAUGAGGAGGAAGGAGAAGAGGACGAGGAGGAGGAAGAGGAAGAGGAGGAGGAGGAAGACGAAGAGGAGGAGCCACAGCAAAGACAAGGAGAGGAACCAGCCACACCCUCGAGGAAGAUUCUGAACUCCAGCACUGGGGAGCCGGCCUCCUCCCUGUCCUCCCCGAUGCCUCCCGAUGUCUCCACUUUCCUGGCCUUCCCCUCCCCUGAGAAGCUGCUGCGCCUUGGGCCCAAGAGCUCAGUGCUGAUAGCCCAGCAGACUGACACGUCGGACCCGGAGAAGGUGGUCUCCGCCUUCCUGAAGGUGUCGUCAGUGUUCAAGGACGAGGCCACAGUGAGGACGGCAGUGCAGGAUGCAGUAGACGCCCUCAUGAGGAAGGCCUUCGGCUCCUCAGCCUUCAACGCCAACGCCUUCCUCACCAGGCUGCUGGUCCACAUGGGCCUGCUCAAGAGUGAAGACAAGGUCAAGGCCAUCACCAACCUCUACGGCCCCCUGAUGGCCCUGAACCACAUGGUGCAGCAGGACUAUUUUCCCAAGGCCCUUGCGCCCCUGCUGCUGGCCUUUAUCACCAAGCCCAACGGCGCCCUGGAGUCCUGCUCCUUCGCCCGCCACAGCCUGCUGCAGACGCUUUACAAGGUGUAGCCUCCCGGCCACCUCUUCUGUCCCCCGACCCACGCCAGGAACGGGGACCGGGAGGAACCGAGCUGCAGCCCUUGCGUCCCCAGGACAGGACUCUGACCAGAGGCAGGGAGGGUCUUUGUUUGAUGUCGUGUGGUGUCCCAUGUGUACGUCGGUGCGGUGCCUGUGCCCUGUGUCGGGAUUGGGGUUUUUUCUGUCUCCCUGGCCCUGGUCUGUCGUGGGGCGCUGCAGGCUGCUUUGCCAUUAAAGACUCAAGCCACCUGAGGGUGCCCUGCGCUCCUGGACGCAGCUGCCCCCCGCCCUGCUGUCCUACCUCCCGGGCUGCGCCAAAGCCUGGGACAUUGCUGUCCACGUGCUCCGCUGUUUCUCUGUGUCACGUUGGGCUGCCUUCUACGUGGCCUGGGCCCGCGGCAGCUGCUGUCCCCACUGUGCAAGCCUGUUGUGUGAACUGAGCGGCCUGUGGAGCAGAGGCCACGGGCUGGGGCUGUCGUGGGGGGCAGGACCCUAGCCCCUGCUCAGGUGGACCAGAGGAGACACCAGGGGUGCCACCAGGGGUCCAGGAGCGGCAGGGCCUGCGGCUGUCCUGGCUCCCGCAGCCAGCGGGGGCCGAGCCAGAGGGGACGCUGUGCUAGACGCAGGCCUGUUCUGCCCAGGGAGAAAGAGCCAUUGCUCUGAUGCCAGCGCUGCGUCUGGGGCUGCCCCCCGAGGACCCCCGUGGGAGGGUGGGGCCAGGCCCGGCAGCCCCGGGGCCACCUUGUGAUUCCAGUGUGCUCUCUGUGUGUCUGGGCUGUGCCUGGCAGCUUCAUGAAUAAAGUCACCUGUGGCAGCUGGGGA